AUGCCGCCAGCCCCUGCAAGGGAUCAGACCAAGGCUCAGCCCAUGUCCAUAUCCCAACUCUGCCAACAAAACGACUCGGACGACGAGCUGAACCAUCAUCACGACGUCAAGGAGGAGCUCGACCAGGACCCAUUAGAUCUCAACGCUGACGAUAACGCUGGCCGCUACAGACAGAGCAACGGCCACAACGACCACCACAGCGGUCAUUCUUCAGAUGAGUUUGAGGAACUUGACGACUCGCCACGAUCCAGGCCCGGACUUGAAGCCAGCGCACGAGACGCGGACGAGCAGCUUGCAGCAGAGGCACUCGGAGAUAUGGCCAAUGCUGCGCGCACAUCAUCGGCAUCCUCGGUGACCUCGAAUGGCGCGUUUGCGGCCCCGAAUACUCCAUUCAUGUCGAGGAUGUCGAGUUUUCCGAUUGUGAACUCGGCAUUGAAGGCCUAUGAAUCGGGCAAGCAAAACAGCAAGGUUAUGAAGUAUGGCGCCGAGAUGGUCGAGUCCGGUGUCAAGUCGCUGUCCAAGCCCGUGUUCGAUAAACUGGAGCCCAAGCUGGGCCAGCUCGACGACUUUGCGUGUCGCCAGUUGGACAAGGUCUAUCCCUCAAAGUCGGAUGCGCAAGUACUGCCUUCGCCAACCAACUCGGCGCGCUCUUCCAACGACAUUGUCCGCCCUGAGAAUGGUCUCAAUGGAGCACCGAAUGGUAAUGGUUCAUACUUUCCAUACCGCUCACGGCGCGACAGCAUCGACAGCACCUCUUCCUCCAACACCAGCUCCCGGCCCAGCUUUGAUAUCCUUCGGUCACGCGCCAAUAGGCAUGAAGAUGUCACGUUGAGACAACGAUCGGAUUCGCAAUCCAGUCAGCGCAGUUUCCAGUAUGUCAAUGGCUAUUACCCCCAACAACAACAGCAGCAGGUCGGAGCCCUCUCUUCGGCUCCAUCUCAGCAGUUCUCGGGUUGGAGGGGUGUGGUGGCCACAGUCGGUACUGCUUCGGCAGCUGGUGUGGCCAUCUUUAGCGAGGAGAGCAUGAAGAGUCUCAAGUACUGCUUGCAGUGGCUUCAGUAUGCCGUUCAUCACAUUGACCAUCAAAUCGGCCUGCUUCGACAGUUCUUGGUGUCUUUGGCCAAUCCCUCGCAGAGCACUGCCAUGAUUCCCUCAAACGCCGCGUCGACAUUGGCGUCGAUCAAGAAGGAGGUCGUCGAGACGCUUCGUAAGGUCAUUAAUGUGGUGUCGCGAUAUGCUGGCGCCUGCUUACCAGAUCAGGCCAAGAUCAGUGUGCGCCAGUUCAUCCUCUCCAUGCCCGUCCGCUGGGCUACGAUCAACAAUGAAUCCGUCCCCUCCACACCCAUGGGUUCGCCCUCACUGGGUCCUCAAUCUGACCACAACCCUGAGCAGCAGGCGGCCCUGAAUGAGACCUCGGAGCGGGCGACCAAGGUCUUGGUUCUUGCGCACGAGUCGUCUGAUAUGCUCAAGUCUGUGGCCUCUAUCUUCAGGGACUCUGUGGACAAGGCUGAGAACUGGAUGGACAAACUGCGAUAUGUGGGAAUGAAUCCCCAGAACAACAGCGAAGGCUUGCCCAGUUGGGCACCGACUGGAUUCCCGGGCGCACCUAACGGCAUGCCCGGUGGGUUCCCUGGCUCGGAGAGAAGCAGUGGCAGUUCUAGCACUGGACUUGAGCAAUACUCAUUGCGCCAGACACAGCAUUCCUCGAAUGGCACCAACGGCAGCAACGGCCAUAAUACGCACACGAACGGAGUGGGAUCUCCGUCCCGCAGCCUGAAGGGAUCGCCAAGGAUGGGGGGCCGCGAUAACCACAAUGCCCGCCACGCGUACCGCCAGAAGAGCGCCAUGUCUGGAGAUGAGGACUCGGGCAGUGACGAGGAGGAUGUGCCCGUGACAAUGGACGAUAGUGAGGAUGAGAUUAUGCGUGGUCAUGCGAACGGCCAUGCGCCUCUGAAGCGGAGCAUGGGAUCUGGAACGCAUGCCCAGGGCAACGCGGUCCGUCGUCGUAAGAAGAGAGGCGAGAGCGCUGAGAUGGUUGCUGGACUUGGACAGAGCAACGGCGCGGAUCCUCAUGCGAUCAAGCAGGAGCCGAACUAA